ACGCCUGCUCACAAUGUCGAAGUCUGGCACCGAGAAUCGUAUCUAAUGUGCAUGACUUCGUAGCUCCUUUCUCAGCAAAAACCUUCCUGGUGAAUAGUAUCGGACAAGUGGGCCGCGAACAACCUAUUUUAAGGUUUAUCCUGUCAUUAUGUGAAGAGGUGAUUGUCAACGUAGAGUGUGUCACUUAACUAUACCCACACAAAGGGUAUGCAAAACACAUUGUCAGAACACAUCAUCCCGGCUGUCAUUCUCAUGGCCACGUGUAAAAUAUUCCACGGCGUGGCGCGUGAAGCGUGGCGGGGUUUGUUCGGUUGAAGCGUCACCCCUUUUGGCCCACAGCUGGUUUUUAAAGACUAUCAACUGGGUUUCCCUUUCUAUUUUUCUGUGCUCUUACAGCGCUUUUUGAGCUGAGCUGGAAUUCUCAUAUACUCCCGUGGGAAAUACCGUACUACUUUGGGAAGGAAAGCGCCCGAAGUGUUGGUUCGGAAGAGCAAGGGCAGGGUGACUUCAAUCACGUGAAUCCCGGCCCUGAGGUUUUGUAUCAUGAGUCUUCGUGUGAAGAGAAUUCUGGAGGUGAUGCAGCUGCACAGGAUCCCUCAAUGGUGCUACUGAUGUUCUUAGUUGUAUCGUUAGAUCGGUUCCCAAGUUUCCAAUUACUGAUGAAGAAACCAUCGCGUUUUGAUGCGGAGCAUUCCUCUGGAUUCGGCUAACCUAUUUGAGGCUCUGAUUUUGUGAAUCAAGUGCAACCUCCAUAAUUGCGCCUUCAUCGCAGUGUGUUGAGUACGCGAAUGGAGGAGCGGGAUCAGUGUCCCCUAUGUAAUCGCAAUGUGCCUGUCGUGCUCUUAGACAGCCAUGUGAAUUCUCACCUUGAUGCAGAGGACAUUGAAAGAGACAGAGCCUUCGCUCAGAAAAUCGCCUCCACGACUUGCGAAGUUGCAAAACCAAGCAAUAGAGGAUACGUAACAUGCGACAGGGGUUGCAAUCAGGAUGUUCCCAUCCAAGAGUGGGAUUUUCAUUGUCUUCAGCAUAGUCUGACCCUGGAGGAUACCGAGGAGAACAGCACCCGUUCAUUCAUUAAGAACAUAGGGGGCUUGAGCAAGCGGCAGCGAGGAAAUUCCUAUGGCGAGGAUACAAAGGGAGAGAUGAGCAAGUCGGUAACGAACAGGUCCAUGGAGGAGGAUGUGAAGUCGUUGAUGUCAUAUCAAGUCAAGGAGACGACUACAGCCCUCGUAAAAGAGGGGCUUAUGCACCUGUUAAAGCGAUGCCUGGAGUCGGAACACAGGGUGGGACAAUCCACGAUCGUGAUAUCCGGGUGGGUGGACCACUACGAAAGCCGGCACAGAGAAGAUUUGGGGUGGGGUUGUGGAUGGCGAAACAUUCAGAUGAUGGCAUCGCACCUGCUUAUGACAGACCCAUAUGCAAGGGAGGUUUUGUUCGGAGGUUGUGGAUUUGUGCCAGAUAUAUUGUCGCUGCAGAGGUGGGUGGAGAUGGCCUGGAAGAAGGGAUUUGACACCCCUGGGGCAGACUACUUCAACUGGGACAUUGUCGGAACGCACAAGUGGAUUGGCACCACCGAGUGUGCUACCUUGUUGCGCUCCUUUGGCAUACGUGCAAGGAUCGUUGACUUCCAAUCUAUUGGACGGGGUAGAGUAGAGAGUCGCAGAGGAGGAGAGCAGGAAAACAAUGCUGUGCCCACACGAAGAAGCCUAGCCUCAUUUAAGUCCCCAGAUUCAUCAACCUCAACUUCGGUAUCCCAAUCAAGGUCUGGAUCUAGGUCAAGGUCAAAUUCAAGGUCAGCUUCAAGGUCGAGGCGCGUUUCGCCUUUGAAUAACGAAGAGUCCGAGUGCAAAGGUUGUGGAGAAUAUCCGAUUGAAGGGGUAAGAUACCGCCACUCACACGACCUAAACUCAGAUCUAUGUGUGGGGUGCAUGGAGAAGCUCCGAAACAGCUCCAGCAAGCUUGACCGGGACACUGCAGAGGGGUACGUGGGCGUGGAUUUUGAACCAGGAAGCUGCUCUGCAAACCCAUCAAACAGGGACGGCGGCUCCACUAACAGAUCCCGACACAAACACAUCGUCGACUGGGUGUGGAAUUACUUCAUGGAGAGGCCCGACCGAAACUCCUCCUCUGCGGCCACUGUGUUUGAUCAGCUCCGGCAACCGAUCGUGUUCAGCAAGAAGUCACCAUUGUACUUCCAACACAGGGGCCACUCCAGAACCAUCGUGGGCAUUGAGAAACGGCAGCGACUCGGUGGGAUGACCGAGGAAAUUAACCUGUUCGUGCUGGACCCUUCGCAGAAAACGGCUGACGUUGCUAAGGUGUUGAGGGAUAAGACUGGAUGGCAGAGGUUGCUCAAGUGUGGUCUCCAGACGCUUAUGCAUGCCGAAUAUCAGCUUUGUUAUGUAGAUCCUGGCCUUGCCACUGGAGAAGAAUACGAAAACCUUAAAGUGCUCAGCAGUCUUCACUUCACAUACUAAAGUCCUUCAACUUGAACGGAUUGCAAUUUUCAUUAAUGGUUUGUUCCCAUUGUCAGUUCGCAGAUCAGUACACAUUCAAGGUUACACCCAAGGUUACAAGAGUGUUUCUAGAGCUCGUUGUCAACUCGUGUUCUCAUAAUCUUUCCAACAUGGUUAUUAUAACUAAGGAGGUAGAUACAAAUCAGCCAUGAAAAUGUUUACCUGUGCAUUCCAGCGUAUAUGAAUUGCCACUUCUGUACACAAGUUGCCCAGCUUCAAGGUACGAGUUGCGAGCUUCAUGGCAAACUGAAGAGCUCAGAAGAUUCUACUGAAUUGGCUGGAUACUCCACAUGAGACGACAAUGUUCAGAAUAUUGUUUUGAUAGUUUUAACCAAGCGCAAUUAGUUCCCAGUAUGUAUUUUACACAAGUGUGACGCACACACAUCUAUUUCAGUGUGCAUUUCGCACACUGAGCAAUCCCUCUCCAGCCCUUGCUCACAAAAACUAUGAUCACGACACUCUGCAAGUCGUGGCAAAGGCUUCCCGAAAUUACAUGAAGAUCAGGUCUGGAAAUUAAUCAGGCCGAAACCAUGAAACGCUGGUCGUGCCUUCGACAAAUCUUUUAUCGAGAGUUAAGCAAAAAAUGCAUCUGUAGUAUAUACCUUUCACGCCCGUGGACUUCGAAUGCAUCAUUUGGAAGGAGCCAAUUGCAGCAUGUGAUGCUUUCGUCACUGGGGAGCAAGUUCUGUGCUGCACCUGCACUUAAGGAUAGUAUGUCAAGGCCUUAGAAAUCUCUGCAAAUUCAACUUGUAAUCUGCUGUAAGUACUGCACAUCCUGACCCACUUUCAACAACUGUUCCUGUUGGCAGCAACGGAUAUCUGUAAUUCUGGAAAAGCUAAUUGACGCUUGAGAGUACCGAGUCUUGACUUCAUUAGAAAACCGAACAUCCCUUCAUGGUCAGAAUCCUGUGAGCGGCUACAACCUAGAUAUUUAGCACUUGGUUAUGUUCAGCUUUGAGAAGAAAUGGGUCACAACUCGUUUUUGCCAA